AAAAAAACAACAACAACUAGAAGACGAAGCAAAUCACUUACUCUCACCAUGAUCUCCAAACCAUCUUCUUCUACUCCCUCAUCGCCUCACUUCCACCUUCUCUCCACCACCGGUACGAGUGUUCUGACGGUAGCUUUUUGUUUCGGUUCGGGGACGCGAGUGAGCUUGCAAGAAAUGUUGUGAUGGAGGAGCCCAGUGUUGGGAGUGGACCAUUGGUCAGUGAAGAAGAUUUGGAAAAUUCUAAUGUCGUGAGGGUUUUGGAUGGCGAGCAUGAGAGGCAUAUUAUAGUUAAAGAGAUAGAGAGAGAAGUAAGAGGAUAUAGCUCGAAUGAGAUUGCCGACGUUAUGGAUAUAGAUAUAGUUGCGGGCUGCGAACACAGUGAGGUUGAUGAUAAUGAUGGCUCUGUAGUUGUAGAUGUGAGUGAUUGUGGAGUGGAAUUGAAUGAAAGGUUGUUAGAAGAUAGACAAGAAUUACAACUGCCUGUAUCUGAAGUUGUUCGUGCCGAAACAAAUGAUUCUUGCAACUCUAAAGCUAUUGAUGUUGUUUCUGAUAUCAAAGAAAGCGAUUCUUCUAGCUCUAUAUUUGCUAUUGAUCUGGAAAAAACUCUGCAUACUGUGGAAACAAAUGAUUCUUCUACCUGUGAAGCUAUUGAUGUUGUUUCUGAUAUCAAAGACAGUGAUUCUUCUAGCUCUAGAUUUGUCAUUGAUUCAGAAAAAAGCAUGCAUACUGUUGAAGGUUCUAUGGAGAACGAUAGGCAUAAUGACAUUUCAGGUCGAGUUAGUGUUUUCCAGCUCAAUGAAACGAGUAACACAGAAAACAGUGGUUCUGUAUCUGAGGAAGUUUUUGAAGAGAGGAGUGAAGGCGAAACUAUACCUUCAUCGACUACUUUUGAGCACAACUCUGUUUUUGAAGUACCCAAUAGUUUUGCAUCUGAGAAAAGUAGUGACAAGAAUGGUGGCAUUGAAGUUGAUCAUUUGACCAUAAAUGCUGUGAAUCAUACAGUGGAGGCUGGGAUAGGCUAUGAGUGUGACAGAGAUAUUGGUGGAAGUAACGUGAUUGAAAUCAUGCCUGUAUCCAAUUCAAGGGAAGCUGAACCAAUUCUUGAUGGGGAAACUAAUCAUGACAUGUUGGAAGAAUUUGUUGACACAACCAGAACUGAAAGCUUAACAAAGGCCCAUGAAAGUGCCCCUAACAUAGUAUUGGAAGCAGAAAAAACUGCCAAUGAUGGGCAGAACAGUGACCUUGUAGAAGUAUCAGGUGAUGAAGUGGUAGAUUUGGAAUUGACUGCAACUGCUGUGACUAGGGUGGAAAUCUCAACAGAACGAUAUUUCCUGUCUUCUGGUGCUUCAUUAUUGCCGCAUCCCUCUAAGGCAUUGACAGGUGGGGAGGACGCUUACUAUGUUGCUACCCAGUGGUUAGGUGUGGCUGAUGGAGUUGGUCAGUGGUCACUAGAAGGGAUUAACCCAGGAGUUUAUGCCCAAGAACUGAUGGAGAAUUGUCGAAAGAUUGUCUCACAGUGCAAUAGUAUUCCCUUAAGUAAUCCUGUGGAAGUUCUUAAUCAAAGUGCUCUUGAAGCACAAUCUCCAGGAUCAUCAACAAUACUGGUUGCUUACUUUGAUGGUCAGGCUCUUCAUGUGGCCAAUAUUGGAGACUCGGGAUUUAUUGUAAUAAGAAACGGUGCUGUUUUUAUGAAGUCUUCACCGAUGCUUUAUGAGUUCAACUUUCCAUAUCAGAUUGAAAGUGGAGAUGAUCUCUCAGACCUUGUGGAGGUAUACAGAAUUUAUUUGGACGAGGGUGAUGUGAUUAUCACUGCAACUGAUGGCCUUUUCGACAAUCUAUAUGACCAAGAAAUAAGUUUAGUUGUCUCCAAGUCACUGCAAGCCAAAUUAAAACCCGAGGAAAUAGCAGAAGUGUUGGCCAUGAGAGCACAAGAGGUAGGGAGCACAAAAGCUUGUAGGAGUCCAUUUGCUGAUGCAAUCCAGGCAGCUGGAUAUGUGGGAUUUACCGGUGGCAAGCUUGAUGAUGUGACUGUUAUUGUUUCUUUGGUCCAAAAAAAGAUCGAGCCCCUGCAUUGAACAAUUUCGAUCAGAUUUUCAUCUUCUUCUUUUAUCACAGAGGGGGAAUCUUUUUGGUAUGUUGACUGCAACCUCUCCUGUUUUGUCUUAUUGUUUGGUGUAUAUAUUCUGUUUUUCUUUUCAUGUGUGUAAAUGAUGUAAUUGUUUGUUAGAUUUACACUACCAAGUUCCAUUUAUACCCCUUUUUGUUUA